AGAGAGAGCGAUGUGGACGUGUGAUCACAGAGGGCUGCUUGAGUUUCUACAAAGUUUUCUCUGAUGUCAGACGUGUGUGAAAGAAGACGUGUGUGAAAGAACAGAGAGACAGAGAGAGAGAGAGAGAGAGAGAGAGAGAGAGAGAGAGAGAGAGAGAGAGAGAGAGAGAGUGUCAGUCUGUUUGAUUCUGGCUCAACCGAGGAACUUAAACACCUCUUAGCGAUUAGUGUCCCAGCAUGGUGAGGUCACAGUACCUUUGCCCUCUGGUUAUGGGAUUCAUCUGUCCGACAGUCCAUGUGUUUUAUAAUGAUGGUUCGUUAGCAAAGGGGCUGACCGUGGUGCAAUAAAUUAACAAAAAGAAAAUAAAUCGUCUACAGCCCGCCAGAAAGAAUCAACAUGAACCCAAUUCGGAAAGACAUGGAGCUGCUGAGUCACAGCAUGGCUACUUAUGCCCAUAUAAAAGAAAACAUGGAGAGUUUUGCGCUGUACUUCAUGUUGGGCGUAUGUUCGGGUCUUCUCCUGGCCCUGGUCCUCCUGAUCCUCGGCAUCGCCUGCAGACCACACUUAAAGAAAAAGACACCCUCAUUACCAGACAAGAGACGCCUUAAAGAGUCCAGCAAGGAAGAGGAAGACAAGGAUGAGGAGGAAAGUGAAGCUGGAGAUGUUGAGGACUUAGAAGUCCAGACAGUCACUGAGAGCCCCAUAAGCGAUCAGAGUGACUGGAAUGGGACUAUUAAGAGUGUAAACGUCUUUACUUCAGCAGAGGAGCUGGAGAGAGCCAGGCGAUUGGAGGAGAGAGAACGUAUCGUCCGGGAGAUCUGGCGGAAUGGACAGCCAGAUAUUUUGGUGACCGGCUCGGGCACGCUUGGUCGAGUUCACUAUUGCUAGUGCCACGAUUUCUCUCAUGGACAACACUCUCUUCGUUUGAAAUAGAUCUGAAAUGCCAAAGGACAUUAAACUAUGCAACAGACUUGGAUGAAAUGCUCCUUUAAAGACACCAUGAAAUAAAAAUGGGAGUUUUGUGGCUUUUGGUCCAUACGCAUUAGCUUUUGCAGCUGUCGAUGUGCUAGAACAGUGGUUCUCAACUGGUCAAAAAUGGGUUGGAGGUCUGUUCUGAUAUGGUGGCGGAAAGAAAGGACAAACAAUGCAAAAUGCAAAUAAUAAAAUGAAACUAAAAGUUUAAUGCAUAAUUAGGAUAGUAAAACAGGCUUAUUAACUUUCAAAAGGGUGGAGAAUACGCUUCCCAUAUCUUUUUGUUGUUGACAUCAAAUGCUGCACGAUCAAUCAAGUUCUACCAUAUUUUUUCUCAGAUUUAUCUGUCCUAAUAUGGUUAAUACUACCGCAAUAUCUGGGCCAGUUUUUGUUUCAUUGGGUUAGGCUGGUAAAUCGCACUCCAAUUGUUAUUUAUGCAUUUGUAAAAUUUUAAACGAUCAUUUUCAGUCUGUCAUGUUAAUAAUUCGGCAUAUUGUUGAAUCUAUGCAGUUCAUGGUAACAUUCAAGGUGCUGUAAGCGAUUUUAGCAUUCUGAAACUUUCACUUGAGCCAAUGAAUUAGCCACGCCCCCUCGUUCCAAAAUCCCGCCCUCCAAAGAUAAUUUGAGACCAAAACUGAGCAAAAGAGUAGCACUGUUUGUUCCUGUGGCUGUCAGAUUCAGUAGUGGUAGUAAUUCUGUGUUCUAUUCAAAGUCGUAUGUAGGGUAUUCCUUCUUGAUAUUUCUGAUCUCUGACCAUAAAGUAAUUCAGCUGUAUGAUGUUCGGAAUACCAGACAAACUGGCAAUGCUCCUGUUAUCUUAACAGUUGUUCAAUGCAACUAAGUUGUGGAGGAUAAGCGAUGCUAUGCAAUGCUAGCAUUUUAUUUUAUUUUUUACAGGUGUACGAUUAUCUAAAGAGAUUAUAAUUAAUCAUGUUUUACACACCGAUUUUGAAAAAUGAUUGCUAAAUAAGUUGUAUUAUUAUGUAAUGUUAGAACUUUGACUCAUUUAUGCUUUUUAUUUGCUUAAAAGUGAAUGUUUAUUAUUACAGUUGCCAGCAUUCGCCACUGAAUAAUUUUCACAUGCAAAUGAGCUUUGCCGCAAACUCUUCACUGUCGCCAAAGGUUUGCUGCAGGUUCACCACUACCGGUGAAGAGCUGCAGACUUCUGGCAAACAUUUGCGGUGAAUAACAAACUGAUUUGCAUGUGAAAAUAAUAAGCGGUGAAUUUGCCACAAGUUUGCAGCAAUUUUGCGGCAACUCUAGAUUACAUGCAGCUCCUAUCUACUUGAAUGGGGAAAGGCCAAAAUCUCCCAAAUGGUUGGUCAGGAUUACAAUCAAAGAACAUAUUUCAAAUCAGCAGUCAAAUCCAAGGGCGUAGGAUUUGGAUUGAACAUUGGGGUGGGGGUUACAAUGUAAAGAAUUUACAUGUUCCCAUUGAUCACGGUAUAAAUAUGUGGGGGUGGG